AUGCUAUGGGGGCCUCUAUCCGACCGUUACGGAAGGAGGCCCGUCUUCCUAGUCUGCUUGACCAUCUUGAUCGGGGCGUGUAUAGGAAUUGCUCUGAUACCAACGAACGCUUUCUGGCUCUUGAUUGUCCUCCGCUGUUUACAGGCUGCGGGGUGCGCCAGUACAAUCGCCCUCGGUGCCGGUGUAAUUGGCGACAUCUCAACUCCUGAAGAGAGGGGAGGGUUCUUUGGAACGUUUAAUCUCGGUCCUAUGCUCUCACCCUGUAUCGCCCCUGCGAUUGGCGGUGCCCUCUCUGAUAAACUUGGGUGGCGUUCCAUUUUCUGGUUCCAAGUCAUCAUGGCUAUCUGCUGCCUUCUCUUCAUCCUCUUAUCCCGAAGGAAGAACAAGAGCCAACGCAAUAAGUCCGGUAUUCGGCGAUCAAUCAACCCCUUCGUCAUCCUCGUAUAUCCCGACGUUGCCAUAACCCUCACCUUCACGGGCGUCGUUUACGCUGUCAACAACACCGUUGUGACGACAGUGGCCUCUUCCUUUGCCAAAGUGUACCCGUGGUUGUCUGAAACCGCCCUCGGCUUGUGCUAUUUGCCUACGGGAUUCGGCAUGAUCGUCGGCAGCACCGUCACUGGCAAAUUUCUCGACUGGGAGUACGCCCGCAUCAAGAAAAAAGUCGAGGCAUCCGAUGGUGCCAUCUUGUUCCCGAAGGAGUAUGCCCGUCUGAGGACUAUGCCGGUGCUGUUGGUACUGUUCUCCGGUGCUGUGAUAGCAUGGGGUUUUUGCGUCGAUCGAGGGGUUCAUAUCGCCGUACCUCUCCUUCUUCAGGUAGUCUUGGGAUACACAUCCAUUGCCAUCCUUAAUACUACAAUGACUCUAAUGAUUGACAUCUUACAAACAAGGAGUUCGGCAGCGACAGCAUGUACAAACCUUGUAAGAUGUUUAUUGGCAGCCCUGUUGGUGGGCCUGAUUGACAGGAUGACGGCGGCCCUGCGCAUCAGCUGGAGUUAUGUUCUGCUAGGCGGCUUUUGUGCUCUUCUUCUGCCCCUCAUGUAUAUCGAGAUGAAAGUUGGGCCAAAAUGGAGAAUGAGACGAGAUCUAAAGUCUGUGGACGAUUAG